AUGGCGGCCGAUGUGAAUAUUUUGGUCUCUUUCAAGUAUUGCGGCCACUCGCACUUAUUUAAUGAUCGACUGAUUGAUGUCAAUAAACCAGUCAAGAUUGGUCGAUCGACUUAUCGAGUUAAACCGACUGACAAUAACUUGAUAUUUACGUGUAAAGUUUUGUCACGCAAUCACGCAAUCUUGUGGUACGAAGAUAACAAGCUAUGGUUAAAGGACACAAAUAGUAGUAAUGGUACGUUUGUCAAUAAUGCUCGAAUUGUAACCGAUGUCGAAGCUAAGGAACUGCAUAAUGGCGAUCUACUACAAUUUGGUAUUGAUGUUGUCGAUGCUGAUAAAAAUGUAAAUCAUAAUUGCAUUAUCGGAAGUCUGGAAUGGCCGAUCGAAACUGAUAUUCCUAGAGAGAGGAUGCCUACACCUGAUAAAAUACUAGAUGUUGUAACGCCUCCCGUUCGUAUUGUUCAACAUGAUAAAAUAGAAAUUAGUAAAAAGGAAUUAGUUCAACUGUCUAAAUACAUGAAGGAAGCUGUCCAACGUGAAAAAAGCUUAAAAAUGAAAUUAACUAGUGUUGUGGAAGCUCUAGUGGCUGUUCAGCAGUGCCAGAAAAUUAAUUUACAGGGUUCUAUUAAAGAAGAUUAUCUUUUGGCGCGAAUUGAUACUUUAGAGUCUGAAUUAGAAAUAUUUUCUAAGAAUGGCAACAAAGAUACCUUUAGCGAGCAAUUGAUUGAUAGUCAAGAGGCAAAGUAUCGAUGCGAACUACAAUUAAAGGACUCAUUACAAAAUAAUUUAAUGGAAAAGUUAAAUGCAAAUAAAGUAUUCGCUGAAAUGCAGCUUGAAGAUGCUAAUAAGAACUUAGGUAACGAAUUAAAAACUGUCAAGAACGAUAAUGAUGAAUUAAUUGGAAAGGUUGAUGGAUUAAACACAAAAUGUGAAGAAAUGGAUCAAAUGUUAAAGGUUGCAAAAGCUAAAAUUAAUGAACGUGAAGAAUUGUUAGCAAAUUAUCGAAUAAAAUUAAAUUUUACCGAUGCAAUUUCAAAUAUAGCCUCAACAGUGGAUAGCAUUCCUGAUACAGCUAUUAAUCACGUCGAGGCGCAAGCUGUCAUAGACAAUAAAGAUCUAACAGAAGAAAAAAAUCGGCUUCAGGAGCAAAUUAAUAGAUUAUUAAGCGAAGAAGAAGCAAGUAAAAUUUUUGUCAAUGAAUUGCAAAGCAAGUAUCAAUCAGUUACUGCUGAACUGUUUUCGAAAGAAAAGGAGAUAGAUUUGCUAAAGACUGCGCACGAUUCAAAGUUGCGAACAUUACAAGACGAAUUAGACGCAAAUAAAGAUGAGGUUGACGGAAAUAUAGCAUUGUCUAUCUUUUCUACCACUUGGUUAGCUUUGCGACGCCAACGAAAAUAA